ACGAGGCUGCUCACUUUGAGUUGCCUAGUCUCCGUUGCAUACUUACCAUAAUAGCCGGCAAGCGUCUAUUAUAUGAGUUGCCAUACAACCGCCAUAGGUUCAGAAUAAGCUUUAUCAUGCCAUCCGCUCCACCGGGCGCAUUGUCUUUCGACCCCUUCCGCAUUUGACUGCGAGCACGCGUUCACAAUGACUGGCAAGGUUGUCAUCGUCACUGGGUGCUCAAAGGGAGGCAUCGGGUUCGCAUUGUGCGAAGAGUUUGCGGCGAAAGGAUGCAAAGUGUAUGCCACAGCGCGCAGAUUAGAAGCCAUGGAAGGCUUCAAGGACCCGAACAUAUCUACACUCAAGCUGGACGUCACGUCGGACGAGGAUGUGGCGGAGGUCGUGAAGACAGUGCUCGAGCGGGAGGGCAGUAUCGACAUUGUCGUGAACAACGCUGGUGGCCCAUGCUCUGGCCCUCUCAUGGAGACAUCCCUAGACCAAGCGCAGAAGACGUUCGACACGAAUGUCAUCUCUGUCCUGCGUCUCUCGCAAGCCGUCUUCCCACAUAUGGCCACAAAGCGCAGCGGCACAAUAGUCAACGUCGGCUCCGUCGUCGGUGACACGCCAUCACCCUGGGGCGGCGUCUACUGUGCGACGAAGGCCGCGCUACUCCGGCUCUCCGAGAUCCUCUACAUGGAGGUCGCGCCCUUCAACAUCCACGUCGUGCACAUCUCGCCGGGCGGUGUGAAGACAAACAUCACCGUCCAUGCGCUCUCGCAGUUGUCUCUGCGCGAGGACUCGUUCUACAAGCCGUACUUCGACUCGAUGGUCGCGGUCCUCAAUCGUGUGCAGGGCCCUGGGUCGCUCACCGCCGCGCAGUUUGCGCAGCAGGUCGUCAGGGAGGUCGUCAAGCCCAACCCGCCGAGGUAUAUGACGCUCGGCGCGGGUGCCUGGUUGAAUACGGUUUUGCAGUGGUUUCCGAGGUCGUUUGUGUGCUGGCUCAUGUGGAGAUUCGUCGCGGGCAAGCCAAAGACGGCCUGAUGAAGUUGUGUUUGUUGUAUCUGUAUAGAAAUCCAGCCCAUCAAUAUCUCAUCUGAUGAAUCCAUUUUCUUAUGGGUUCUUCUCUCAUGAGAGUUGGUUAUCGCCGCCCGACGUUCUCCAGACGGGUCCGUUCUAUCCAACGUACCAACCAAGGCAGCACACGCGUUCAAGAUCUUGUGAGCGCGACAUCGUAACAUCGCGA